AUGGCGAAACAAGGCCCGAUAGACAAAUUUUUGAAAAGGAAACGUCAGGAAGAGAAUUUGAUAUAUGAAAGUAGUGACGAUUCUUCAGUUUCAGACAAUGAAAAUGGCAUCGUAAAGGCAAUUGGUAUUGAAACGUCCCAGGACGCCUUGAAUAUCAUCCGCAACGCCCUCAGUUUGCCCAAAUUGAUGUACUUUUUUCAUAUAUUCAGUCACAUUGAUUUUUCUAAAUUGGGCAAAUUUGAUAGAGCUCUACGCAUCGCCUUGUCGUCAUUCAGCAAUAUUCAAUUGACUGACAAUGGUUGGAUUGAUUUGAAGGAGGGAAUCGCUAUGGGCUGCUUUACUGCUUCAACCCUAUUUGUUUCCGCAAUGCAAGUCUUGCCGGAUGCUGCAAGCGGUUACAAGCGAACGUACGCAGUCAGUUCUUUGUUCGACUGA